AUGGGCCAAUACGACAGACAAGCUCAGUCUCAGAGGAAACAUGGCCCUCUUCCAAACAGUGGUGCCGCAAAAGCUCCCGCUACACCUCCGUUGCAAAGACCGCAAUGGCGAGGCCAAGGAUACGUCAAGAAACAAAAACCUCGUCAGACUACGGCGGUCGCGACAAAGUCGACUUCGACGGUUCAGGAACAGAGACUUCUGAUCGAUCUCCAGCAACUGAUUUUGAAUAUCUUCAGAAACACAUUCCUGGCUUCGAAGGACUUCGAUAGCUGGAAGGGGACGCUCCAUGAAGUCAAUGAGGCACUACUUCAGCGCGAUCUGGUGAAGGCGUUUGGAAGUGAGGAGUUCAAGGAAGGCUAUGCGCUCAGGUGGUCACCGAGUCGAAGCUUGGUGUAUGUGAAUGUGCUGGCUUGCCUGUGUGAUUUACGGCAGGAUGAUCAUUGGGUGAAGCAGUUGCUGAACCUCGACUUGCCUAGCAAACCUGCCAGAGUUGUCUGCUUUGGUGGAGGCGCUGCAGAGGUUAUGGCUCUCGCAGGUCUCGUACGGCAUCUUCUACCAAGCGCUGCUGGCAAACCACAACAGUCCGAGCUGGAGACUUCCAACGCGUCUCAAGUAGAGACGCCUUUAUUAUACCUUCACCUCAUCGAUACCGCAGAUUGGUCGUCGGUGAUAUCGAAACUGGAGACCGGGGUCGAGACACCACCAACGCUCUCACAAUACGCCAGUGCCUCUGCGCGGGCAUCAAACUCCGCGUUCCUCGGUCCAAAUGGUCUGAACACGACGUUCCACCAAGUCGACAUUCUCAGCCUCAGCUCCGAAGAUCUGAAGAAUACGAUUGGAUCCGAGCCCUUGAUGAUAACUUUUUUCUUAACGCUAAACGACCUGUACACAAUCUCGAUCCCCAAGACAACAGCAUUGCUACGCAAAUUGGACAUACUAGCACCACAAGGCAGCGUUCUGGUCGUGAUUGACAGUAUCGACGCUUCGUCAUCACCCGGAAUCUCGAACAAUCAAUUGAAGGACUCCUCGGACAGCCCUCCACCAGCUUAUUCAAUGGACUGGUUACUCGAUCGCGUUCUGCUGGCAAAGCCACAGAAAGAUAACGGGGAAACCGAGGAAGAUAAGGAGAAGCCGAGGUGGGAGAAAUUGACAGAAGAGAAGAUGAAGCAGCAUAAGCUAGACGAGACCCUGGCAUAUCCAGGCAGCCUGGAGAACAUGAGAUUCCAACUGCAUGUCUUCCGGCGCUUGUAA